AUGAUCUCCAAUGGCUCUGAGCCUGUGGUGAAUUCGCCACUAGAGCUGUCUGUUCUACACGCCUUGUCGGCAAUCAACAUAAUGGUGUGCUCUGAGCUCAUCGGUCUGUUCGGCAUUGCCGCCAACGUCGCCAACAUGAUCAACUUCAGGAGGCAAGGCUUUAAAGACGGGGUGAACGUGACCUUAUUCGCCCUGUCGUUCUGUGACCUGGGAGCGUUGGUGGCGCAUCAGUUUUCAAACAUGUGCAUGUGUCCGUGGAUCAGGGAGACGCAACUCUUCAUGCUCAAGUCCCACUUGUUCACCAUCGGGUUUUACCUCAAUGGCUACUUCGUCCGAGUCAGCGGGUGGCUGACUUCCUUCAUCACGUUCGAGAGAUGCCUCUGUGUCGUCUGGCCUUUAAAAGUGAAGCGAGUUAUCACCCCUAGGACUGCCACGCUAGUCAACUUGGCGAUAGUUCUUCUUCUGUCCCUCUACUUAUUUCCCCCUUAUUACAUCAUGAACUUAAACUGGGUUGUCCUCCCUGGGGGCAACCAAACGAUCCUAGCUAUAGUUUUUAAAAGCAACAGAGAAACAAUAAUGGCGGUCUAUUACUUCAUAGCCGAUCAGUUCAUCCCCUAUUCGACGAUCCUCGUUCUGCUUCUAUGUACCACGAUUACAGUGUCGAAAUUAAAAUCAAAGUUGGUCUGGAGGCAGUCCACAACAUUAGUUGCUGCUAACAAGACCAGCACUGCAACACUUAAAGAAAGAAAGGUGGUCGCAAUGCUGAUCAACAUCUCAAUCAUAUUUAUAAUUUGCCUUCUCCCGCAGUCUACGCUGGGCGCGGCAGUGGGCCUAGAAAGAGAACUGAAAUUAAACGGGAAAUAUUUUAACGUUUUACUGAUGUGUUAUUCGUUUACCUCCCUUUUAGAGACCAUCAAUUGCAGUGUUAGUAUCUUUGUUUACUAUACUAUGAGUACUAAGUAUAGACAAGAAUUCUGGGAAAUUAUUCGACCGGUCAUUCUUUGGAAAAACAGUGUAUUUAGGUUAUUGAGGUCAGAGACAUUGAUGACUCUUAGAUCGAUGCGUUUUAUACGACAAUGUAUCCAAUGGUAG